AUGGCUAGAUUUUCAAUUACACUUCUUGCUAUUGUUAUCGUAGUAUGUCCGUUCUUUACCGGGGCGUUCAAUUGGCACGCUGACUUCAAGUUCAAAGAUUCAGACCUCGCUUAUAUACAGGGUCAACCAUGGACGGAAGAAGAAAUCAAAAACUCUGUGGAGAGGUUUUAUAAGAGUAUAGAAGACAAAAACAUAGAUGAUGCAAUCGCACAAAUGCAUCCAAAGGCCAAGUUCCGAAUUCGUCAAGAUUGUUACGAGGAAGAUGGAGUUGGAAUUGGCCUUCAUAUAUACAUGCCAGAGGCUCACCUGACCGUCAGGACGGAAAUCGAGCAAGCGGGUUUCUAUAUGUCCCAAGAAGUAAACCAACUGGAUAAAAAUGUUAUCAUGCUUUACCUCCUAGGUACUUUGAAGGUGGGACGCAAAACAGAGGCCUUGAAUGUAGAUAUGGUGUUGAAAAAAAACCCCGAAGGAAUCAAAGUCUUUAGAAUCCAAGUCCACGACUUUAACAGGAAAGUAAAUCCCAUCCGUCCUGGGGGACAAGCUUCUCAGUGA